AUGGCAGCUCCUGAACCAUCAGCCAUCGUAGGUCCAUCUCAAAUCAAACCAGAAUUGCGACCAUUUCCUAUUCAACGAACCGAUGGAAACUCAUUCCAAGACAAACACAUUAUUUUUGGAUUUCAUCCAGUGUAUGGUCGCACCAUGGGUUUAACGAAAGGCGACGAGAUUAGAUCUGGAGUCUUCAUCUCCCUCAAGAAUGGAUCAAACUUUACGUUGAAUGCAAUCCCAGGCCGCUACUACAUCCUGGUCUUAAAGGGCUCUCUCGCCAUCCAGCUCGCAGUGCCCACAUCCGAAACAUACACCUCAGGCCAAUGUGUCGAGAUAGAGGACUCACCAACCAAAGCACACUGUAAAGCUACAGUUACAUCAAACGAAGGUCUAAUGGCUCUGCUGCUAAUCAAGGACGUGAUUCCAGAACACGAAUUUGAGACUAUUGUGGAUGAUAAAGCCAAAGUCGCAUUUUCGUUUGAUCGAUUGAGGGUUACGAAGGGAGGAGGAUCUACUAUUGAUAGUAUUGGUCAGGAAUUGAACAAAGUAUGGAAGAGGAAUGGGAUUUUGAGUAGUGGUGUUGUCAAGUUGCAAGCGAUAUCAUUCUCAGACGUAGCUCCAGAAUGUGUCGCACCCCUGCACCCGGCGUACAGCAAAUACCUCAACUGGACAACAUUCCUAGGGUCUGGUAGAGCUGAAUUCGGAACUAGUGAUGGAAUGACCCGUGAAGUAGGCGCUGGUCACAUUGUCUAUUUUGACGAUGCAGAAGGAGAGGGUCAUGCUUACCGAGUUGCGAAUUACAAACCAGUUAAACAAAUCUUUAUUACGUUGGAACGUGAGGUGACGCGAUGGGGAGAAGGCAAGACCGGGUUUGAAAGUGGACUGGCGGGUUUGAGUUGGGAGCAAGCUGAGGAGUUGAAGAAAAAGGGUGGUAAACUGUGA